AUGUAUGAUUACAUUGUUGUAGGAGCUGGUUCAGCUGGUAGUGUUGUUGCAACUCGAUUAUCGGAGGAUUGUGAAACUUCAGUUCUUUUGAUGGAAGCUGGAUCAUCUGAUUUGGAACCUGAUGACGUAACUCAAAUACCAUUUUUGUGGUAUUCCCUUAUAGGUUCAGAGAAAGAUUGGGGAUAUCGUUCAGUACCACAAAAAUAUUCACAUUUUGCUUACAAGAAUGAGAUAAGUUACAUACCUCAAGGCAAAGUACUUGGAGGAUCCUCGUCAAUAAAUGGACAAAACUUUGUGAGAGGCAGUCGUAACAACUAUGAUCAAUGGAAACAAGAAGGAGCAGUCGGAUGGGGAUAUGAUGAUGUGCUGCCCUACUUCAGAAAACUUGAAAAUGCUACACAAACAUCAUACAGAGACUCAACUUUACGAGGACUUCAUGGACCUAUAGUAAUAAAAGAGACUAAUGGGAGUAUUUUACAGUCAUUUCACCAUACAGCGGCAAUGGAAAUUGGUUUUUCUACAGUAGAUUGUAAUAGCGAUAAUCCGAUAGGUAGAUUAGUAUUUAGUAUUCAGGGCGAUCAUAUAAAAACUGUAACUUAA